AUCCAAUAUGUCAUUUGCAUCAGAGAAGAAAUUUCAAGAAACUAUUGAAAAAUUAAAAGAACAAGUUACAGAAAGCCUAGAAAAUGCAUUGAAAUUAUCUAAUACUUUGAUUCAAGUUUCUUACCCACAAGAUCAUUCUCUUAUGUCACUAUUUUAUGAUGAUUAUAAUACAACAUUAACCUUCAUCAAGACAUCCAUUGAGUUGGAGCUUCACAUUUAUUGA